CAGAGAGCUGUCAAAAUUGCGUGGUGGUGUUCGUGUGACUGAUGUAAUAAUUUUAAGUGAAUAGUGGACAUAGCGGUAUGCCCGUACAUUAUGCACGAUACCCAAGUAAUCUCUCAUAUUGCAAAUGGACAUGCAAUCAUAUUCGCUACGUUAAUAACCUAAUUACGAUCAAACAUCGCCUGAACUUCGCGUUCGCGAGUGACGUUACUGAAUGUGCAAUGGGCUCAUGAAUUGCCUUUUCGUACCGCGCAGUUUGUAAGACUAUUAAUGAUGGCAGGGUCCACUUUACCGGAAAGGGUAGCUCAAAUCUACUACACAUAUGGCCUAUUCUGUUCCUCCUACCCAUACGUAGUUAUAACUUUAGCCCUCUCCGUCGUACUGUUAUGUUGCUAUCCACUUUUAAAUGUACCUUUACCAGGAAAUAUACCUACUGUUGUAAAUAUGCAUCUAAGUAAUCCGCAAAAGAACAGCGAUUGUAGUGGAACCAAUUGUCCCAUUACUACAGAACCACUCUUGCAAUUAGACCUUUUGCACAAUGAGACACAAAAACUCCCAUAUGUAUGGGUAAAGGACAAACCAUUGCUCUACAUUCAUCAAAUAAUAAUUAGAAUUGGUGUGUCUCCAUGGAAUAACAACCUUAAAAUGUGGGAUGCUUUUCGUGCCCCUCUCCAAGAGGUAUUCAGAUUGUUGGAAACUGUACGCAAUCACCAGGAUGCUGACACAAAGGAAACCCUAUUGCAACACUGUUAUCAAAUUGAGGGAAUCAAACGAAGAGAUAGCAAGGCAAGUGUGGAGCGUGUGUUGCCAGAAUACAGCUGUCUUAUGCUGUCGCCGGCCAACCUCUGGCAACAAAAUAUACAAUCAUUUUCUUUGGAUGCUAACAUAGUCAACACUGUUUUCAAUUAUCAGAAUCUUCAGAAAGGCAAAGUUUCCAUAGCGGAAAUGGCGUUUGGCAUGCACCUGCGUGACACGGGCAUUAAACGCUAUCCGCUGCGAGCGCGGCCACGUGUAUUGCAAUAUGCUGUCACUAUAUUUUACCGUCACGCGAACCAACGUUAUAUCAACUCACUGUCGAAAAAGCUAAGAGAGAUUUACCCACUGUAUCAAGAUUCACCACAAGCACAUUCAGAAGAGAUGACUCUGGUAUAUUACCCUGGACAGUUCAACUACCAUGAGCUCGUUCCUCUCAUGAUUGCCUUUGUUGGGUUAUUUGUGUAUGUAUACUUCUCUGUGAGAAAAAUAGAAUACAUUAAAUCCAAACUUGGGCUCGCCGCGUCAGCAGUACUCACCGUAGCGGGAAGUCUUUCUAUGUCCAUGGGAUUAUGUUUUUACUUUGGAUUCUCUUUGAGUUUACAAGGAAAAGAAAUAUUCCCAUACCUGGUGAUAAUCGUUGGACUUGAAAACGUGCUGAUACUGACGAAAAGUGUGACUUCAACUGAUUCGCGAUUAGACGUUAAAAUAAGACUCGCUCAAGGCCUAAGCAAAGAGGGCUGGUCUAUCACGAAAAAUUUACUCACAGAAAUCACCAUACUUACAGUCGGCCUAUUCACAUUUGUGCCUUUCAUUCAGGAAUCAUCGAUAUUUAUGAUAAUUAGUCUGAUUUCCGACUUCUUCAUUCAAAUGGCUUUUUUCGCUACAAUACUUGGUAUUGAUGUGAGGCGAAUGGAAUUCUUUCCUGAUCAAAAUUCCAAAUUUUAUUUAAAGGAUUAUUUCACAGCAAACAAUGCCUUCAACUGGCAAUUCAAUACAGCGUAUUCAGACGAAACUAAUACAUCACCGCAAAGAAUGACAAAGUCCAAAUCGCAUCCUCGAUUGAAUGGCUUGGCUCAAAAUACUCCCACAGAUGUUGUGGCUAAAAGAAACUCUAGCCCAGGUGGACCAGACCAGAGAGUACCGAAACGAAUUAGACUGGUCAAUAUGUGGGCACGGACUAGAUUCUUUCAAAGAGCAUUUAUGUUGUGGAGACUUGUGUGGAUAUCUAUGAUCGUAUAUAACUCUGGUGUGGUGGACUACUUUAUCACACCCAUAGAGAAGACAGAUACUAGUGUGGAGAAUCGUCCGAGUAACAAUAGCGCCAGUGAAUGGAAUCAAUCAGUGAAUAUGAUCUACAACCACAGUGGACGACAACCCUUAGUGUUUUCACCAUUAUUAGAAACGACAGCAUCUGAUAAGUCAUUCGUGGAGGCAAAUGAUACACUGCUACUGAAACAUUCACCACAUUAUCGAACAUCUUCGCGAUUGUCGCCUUACCAUUGGUCUUCGAUCCUCUCGCAAUACAACGAGUCAGUAGCGGGUCGAUAUGUGGUGGUACUGCCACCUGUGCUGAUAAGUCACCGCGUUGGGCCCGAGCUGGCCACCGGGCUGCGUCAUCCGGACGAACGGGAUCCACCACCAUUACGGUGGCAAGCACUUGCUGCUGCCCUGGAUCCUAUUGACAUAUUACCUGAGUUCGAAUUGAUUGAUUCAAAAAGUCAAGCUCACCAAUGGGGGAAAGGAUCAGAGCUUCCGAUCUAUCCCACGACCGCCAUGGAAAUACUCUUGCUAGCCAUCCUCUGCACCAUAAGCAUCGCUGUCAUUGGCUACAUGAUGGUAGUGCUUUACAGGUGUAUCUGCUCCAAACACUAUGCAGAAUGGCGUGCUUCGUGGAACGAAGACAGUGAAUACAAGAGGAUUAUAGAAAACCAACCCGCUGUUCAGUUGGUCAUGGAAGCAGUGCCCUUAGUUGUGGCCGGUCACAGCCAAGAGGUCGAAUGUUUGGUGACAGAUGGCGAGAAGGUGGUCAGUUCGUGUCUUCAAGGCAAUAUCAAGGUGUGGGACUCUCUCAAUGGUGAAAUCAUUACGAACAUUGAUCGUAGCGCGUAUUUCAAACUUCAAAUGGAAUUGUUUGAAAAGAUCACAUCAAGAAGGAAUUCAGAUAGUGGACAACCACUCACAGUGCAAGCAUGCAACUGUCCAGAUUUAGCAGCUCAAUCUAUUUAUAAUAAUAUUCCGAGACUUCGAAGAGGCUUAAGCAGUCACCUUAGCAAUCUCCGGUUUCAGUCUAACAACAGAGAUUCCUCAUAUCUCUCUCCUGAAGAAAACACUAGGUACCAAUUUGCUAAGGCCUACAGAGACCUCUAUUACACUGACCAAAACGACAUAUACGAAGUUAGUGAAAACACAAGUACAGAUAUAGUUAAUUCAAAUGUAAGCAAACAAGAUUUAAGUGCAACUAUUGUUAAGGACAAUACAAGUGAUAUGAGUGCAAUCAAAUUGAACACGUGUAGCAAUUCAUUAGGUAGCUUGAGAAAUAGAGGUGGCAGUAAAAUAAGUGCUAGAACUAAUAGUUGUGAUAUGGAAAGUGCUACGAACUCCAAUUGGCGCGCGCGUGCUAUGUGUGAAUCUCCUGUGUGGUGCAUGGACUUUUGUAACAAUCUCAUCAUUUUGGGCUGUUCCGAUGGCAGACUGGAAUUCUGGGAGGCGAACACUGGAAAAUUAAUUUGUGUGUGGUGGUUCUCCGAGAGACAUUCAAGCGGUAAGGGCGUGACGCACGUGCGAGCGUUGUCAGGUGCGCGCAAGGUGUGCGCUGCGUCGCUCUCCGGACAUCUCACGCUGCUACGGCUCGACGCGUACAACGCGCGGUCAGGCGCGCACGUCGACUGGCGGUUCAGCACUGCGCACCGGAGAACUCAUAAAAGGACUGGUUCAGCGGAAUCGUUGGGAAGCACUCACGGCAUAGAUGAUCACAGAGGACGCAUGAGCUUCUCUUACGAUGCGGAUAGCGACAGUGAUGAAGUGGUGUGCGUUCCCACCGCACACUGUCGACCACACCAGCAGCCAAUAACAGAGAUGCACUCGGACGGCGGUCGCAUCCUUACCGGCGGACAGGAUCAUGUACUAAAAGUGUUCUCAAGCGCUGAACUAACUCCACUGUUCACGCUGCACGGACAUUGCGGGCCCAUCACAUCUUGCUUCAUUGAUCACGCCACGCCGACCAUAGCGGGCAGCGGGUCACAGGACGGACUCCUAUGCGUCUGGGACCUACACACAGGUGCGUGCGUGUACAGUAUGCAGGCACACGACGGCGCGGUGACGUCACUAGCGUACACCGCCUCGUACGUGGUGUCAGCCGGUGCCGACGAGCGGCUGUGCAUCUGGGACCGCUUCCAAGGACACAUGCUCAACUCUAUACACAUCGGCCUGAACUACAUGAGCCGAAUGCUACCUCUAACACAUACGCUGCUCGUGAUGGGCGACAGGAGCGGACUCACUGCGUACGACCUCAGCAGCGGUGACGUCAUCCGACGAGUGCUUUUUGGCCAGAGCGACGGCUGUAUAUUCGUCCGGCAAAUAUUACCGCUAAAAGACGCUAUAGUGUGCGACUACGCUAAUCAACUCCGUAUAGUGCGCUUCCCUUUUGUAUCCAAGUUCGAUAUGAAGAACGAAUAACACAAUCACAAAUUUAUUAACGGGCUUAAGGUUUUAUAAAUUAACAGUGUUUACGGACUUUUAAUCGUGUAUAUGUGUAUUUUACAUACAUGGUUUUAAGUAUACGAUUUAUUUCCGAUUGUAUUAUCGAAGAUAAAAAUGUUUCUCAUUGUAUAAAUUUAGUUUACUUCUUUUUUUGUAAGUGCAUUAUUAUGUUAAGAAUACGCAGUAUCACAAAGAGUAAGUUAUUUUGUUAAUACGUACACAACACACACACACACGCACACACACCCACACGCACGCACGUACACACGCACUCACACACACACACACGUACAUUUCACAUUAACGAGCGCACGUUUACACACGCACACACACGUACGCACACAUAUACACACACACACGUACAUUUCACAUUAACGAGCGCACGUUUGCACACUAUAUCCAUGCGCUGUAUUUACACACAAACGUAGACAGAGAAAUAUAUAGACAAAUAUCAUCCAUCGCAUUAUUUUAAAAACAUACAUACAAGUCGGUUAAAAAUAAGAGACUUACGUGUUUUAAAAAAUGAUACAGGGCUAUUGUGUAUUUGGUGUCAUGACGCGUGUCGUUUUUAAGCACAUCAAUGUGACAAACAAGUUUUACAAUAGUCAAUUAGUGAUACAUUUUAUUUUACUUUUAUUUAAGAAAAAUGUAAACAAAAUAUGUAGUUUGUGUAGCUUCAAUAAUAUCAGUGGAAAAGUAUAUUUUUCUAUUUUAUUGUCUAUUUCUUUCUAUGUCUAUGUUACAUGUUACAUAGACCUUUGGUCUAAUAUUUCAUUUUUAUUUUAUAUAUUAGUAUUGUUUGACAUCACAUGACAACACAGUAAUUUUGUUUAAUUUAUAACUGUGUGAUAUAACAUACUCUAUACUUUUGACAUUAUUAAUUUAUUGCUUAUCUAUAGUUUGUUUCCUUUUUUAUGAUGUAUUAUUUUUUCUCAUUUAAGUUGUUUCUUUUUGUAUUGUUAUGUUUUUUUUUUGUAGUAAAAAUGUAAGAAUGAACUCUGUGAUGUAUUAUUAUUAGCUAACGAAAGUAUGUUCACGAGAAUUCAAUCCUAACGUAAAGCAUAAUAUAGAUUCAUCUUUUUCUAUAUAUAUAUUGAACCUAUAGUUCACAACCAAAAUAUUAUUAUAUACUGAAAAAUCGGUGUAACUUAGGUAAAUUAGUCAGUCUACUCGUAUAUCUACUAAUUACCUCCUAGUAGUUUACAACCCUUCUGUGAGUUCUAAUCAUGACUUCGGUCAUGCACUGUGUAAUAAACCAUGCAGACUCAAUAGCAUGUGAAAGGGCCGGACUCAAUGUUGAAAGUGCUUACAUACUAAUGUGGAGCCCACUUCUAGUACAGAAUUACCCCCUUUGUUUCAAGAGAGGAAUGGAGGAAGUUUAGUUGUGGAAAGAGGAAUUAUCACCAUUAAUUAUUAUCAGUCUAUUUGAAUGGUCUAGUACAGAGCUAACUUUCUCACCUUAUCGGAGAGGGGAUUAGACGCUUCUACCGACCAUGUUGUUUUAACGCAAGUUGGCGGACAUAGGGUUCAUAGUUUAUGAUUCUGUCAUCGGAUGUAACUUAUAAAGAUGAGGAUUAACAGCUUAUCGUGCUCUCCAAGCACGGGGGUGUAUCGGCUCUAAUUUUCAAAUUUCGGAGUCCUACUGAGAAUUUCUUGGAACAAAUGAAAGUACAAAAGUUUUAUAGCCUGACUUGGUAGGUCGUAGGACACAAAACCUCAUAAUUCCGUCACAUGAGGCCGCAAUUAAACAGAUUAGUCCAAUUAUAUUCCAAGAGUAGUUUAUGACAUGUUAAACAAAUAAGGCUAGUAUUAGAAAAAUACUAGUGUGCUUUAGAACCAGUCCACACGGCGCGUUACUACGACGCAAUCGUAACGUUCUAUCGCCGCAACGGUGACGCACAGUUGCGGCAAGCAUUUUCAGCUUGCAUGUAUCCUCCAUAUAAACGCAACUGCAACCCCUGCCCGCUUCGUCUCGGGUGUUGCAGCUCAGUCGUGUGAGCGUUGCGUCGACGCAGCGAAUCGUGUGAACAAUGAUUAUUAUUAUGCAAAAUGAAGGAGCGUCGUCAGCGCUGCGUCGAUGCAACGCUGACGCAACGCGCCGUAUGGACUACCUCUUAGACUACACGACUGAAGUAAAAGUUUUUUAAUUGUAGACUACUACCUACUACUACUCUACAUUACACUGAACAUAGUUAUUGUAAUAAAGGCAAGAAAUCAGUUAAAAGUAUUUAUUUUUUGGCUUUCAUUCAAAAGAUGCACUUUUUUUUAGAGAAAGAGGCACUUACUAGGUUUUGAAAUUGCUUUACCGUUUUAAGGCAUGACAAAAUAUCACACACUACCUGGUAAUACCCGACCAAGGGACUAUAUACCAGAUCUAGGGUCUAUGUAUCUGAUGAAUGAAAUAAUACCUAUCUACAAUUCUCUAAAGAAAACGGUCAAUAUUGUUGCAUUUUCUAUAAAAGAUCUAUCAGGUCAGGUAUAAGCCGAAAAGGUUCGUUUUGGGUUACUUCUAUACCUGUCUAGACCCUUCGCUUUUAUAACAAAACGUGUAGAACAGUUUUCUGUUUAAAAUAGCGUAUGUGACACGAUUAGGUAGAUACACGAUAUUAUAAUAUAUAAAUAUACGAUACUACUGUUCUCUAACUACACUUUAUCAAAUAGCAACGGUAGACUUCUUGAGUGUCUUAUCAACUUUAUAAUGAAAAAAAAAUUUACAAUACUCUUAUUAAUAGUGUACUAAGUACUUACAGAAUAUAUUUUACCAUAAAUAAUAAUUGUUGUUUGUUACAGUAAAAUAACAUUAAAUUAACAUUUUUUAUAGAAUUUCUAAAUACCUAUACAAUUUUAUAAUUUAGGCCCAAACUUUUGUUUGCUUCCAUCAGAAAAAAACGUAAAUAAACUAAUGUUUUCCAUACUUCUUGUCGAUGACUGUACCGCUCUGAAAUACUUGGAAAUAAAUGUACACUACAUUAUAAUUUCAAGUUACAUGUAAAAUUUAAAAAACACAGUCAUGCGUAUGUGUGGGUUUUAGAGAAAUCUAUGGAGCAAUUUAAAUAAAAUCCAACAAUUGUUAAAACAAUAUUGUUUGAAAUUCGAAAACAUCGACACGUAUUACCAAACAUCUAUUCGAUUGCGAAGUUUUACAAUCUCUCUAAUCUUAUUUGUUGGUUCGUAGCUGUGUUUGACUUGCGCGAGAAUACAUGGCUGCUACUAUAACUACUAUUGAACUAAAUUGAUAGAGUAAUUAUGUAUUGAUUAGUUGGUCUAAAUUGAUCCACAUCACUCAAUCCUUCUCAAUAUGGUGUGACAUGGAAAAACUUUGGUGAUUUUUGUGCAUUCACCGAACUUAUGUUUGUGUUAAGUACAUAAUAUUUAAUACAAGUUUAAAAUCCGUUAGUUAAUUAUGUUUUCUGAGAAUAGAAAAUAGAGGUAAUGUCUGAUGGGUCCAAGUUACCCAACUUAUCCGUAUCUUAAUAAGGGUUUAACAAUACAAAGAUGCGUCACGUGCAAAAAAUAAUGUGAUUUAGGUCAUUAUAUACCUAUUUAAGCUACCUGAGUUGAGGUUCUUGACAAGGUUACUUACAUACUGGUAUUCAUUGAGUAGGUAGACCGGUAGGUAGAGAUUUUUGCUGUGCGAUGCGUAUCUUCUUCGUCCUAAGUUUUUUUUCUUUGUUUAGCUAUCAUCACAAUUUUUUCUGUCUACAAGACCCUAACUUGCUUAUGAAUUCCAAAAUCAGAGAAACAAGGUGUCCACGUUGGUGUCCACUAUGUAAUAAUGAAGAUAAUGUCGACUUAACAUAGGUACACAAACAAUAUAUCUAAGUACGUAAUAAUAUAUUUAAAUAAAAAAAAAUAUAUACCUAUGUAGUGUAUUACAUAAUGUAGGCUACCAUAUUUCUACAUUCAACAUAUACUAUUCGGAAAAAAAAUUAUUAGAAACUCUCUUGUUUUGAUUAUAAUUAUUAUUCGAAACAAGAGAGUGCCUAGUACAUUCAGAAAAUUCAGUCGAAUUGCCUACAUAUUACUUCAUUUAGUACAUAAUACCGGUAAAAUAAUACAGUAAUAAAUAAUAAAUAAUUUAUAUAUUAUAUAAAUUAUUUAUUAUUAACAUAUAGAUAUUUGUUAUGCAAUCAAUUGAUUAUUAUUAUUACGGUGAGUGCGCUGCGCGUAUUGAGCGUAGCAAGCUAAUGGAAUCUAAGAUUGAAUCACGGGUGAAGCGAGGAGUUUAAAAAAUAAUCUUGAGCGUCGUGAGGUAUUCAAGGGGAUGUCAAAUGGAUGCCUUGAUUUGACUUUCGUUUUAAAAUAUUCCUUGUUACAGAAGUACCUAUUCGUAGAUACUCGUAAUCAUACCAAAUAUGUGUUAAAUGUGGUGUGCCUUGAAUAAUCACGUAAAAGUAAUCGCGUUUUCAACUGAGACGGGCUACGGCUAUUAUAUACAGCCAGAUUUAUUGGCUUUCUACAAACUACAAGUCCGAGCCUCCCAUUUAUGAAAGAGAUAUUUUGGAGCUUAAAAACCCACUACUUUUUAAGCUCCAUAAUCACUCUUUCAUAAGUGGGAGGCUCCACCACUCAGCUCCAAUGCGGACUAGCGGGCGGAUUCGGACGAAGAAAUUAAAUUAUUUAUGUAUUCACUACUACGUUAAUAUCGCGCUGGCCGCUGACUAUGAGUUGAUAGGUGCCUAUCUAGCUCUUAUUUUAAAAUUAUAUUUUUAUAGCAAAUAAAUAUGUGAAAGGUAUUCCCUUCCAUCUUAAGGAAAAAUCUCAAGACAUAAAUAACGCUGAAAACAAAUUACGAGAAAAUUAUUAUACAAUAAUAAUUACGAUAUACUGCGAUCACAAUUAGCUACCUACCGUAAAAUUACAGACUAAUGUGGAAAGCCAAAUCGGCAAAAUGACUUUUGGUGCUUAAUUGGUUCGACCUGAGAAUUGAACCUAGAACUAUUCGGACAUUAAACAUCCGUCAAAAAAUUGUCGUGAUCGAGAUAGUGAAACAUACCUAUCUAAUAAUUUUAGCAUAAUAUAUUUAAAAAGCUUACAGACACCGUAAUAUUAUACCUAAUCGUUACGUAAAUUUUAAGCUACGGCGAUUUUUUUUUUAACUUUAAUACAUAAUAACUUUCGUCUUGUUUUUUUAUUUGUUGUCAAGUCUAUUGUAGAAAUGUGAACAUCUCUAAUAACAGCUGUUCUGUUAAUAUAUGGAUAUUUUGAAUAAAUGUUUUGUUGAUAA